AAGCUAUUCAAUAAUAAUUUUUCAAAGAGCACUUUUGAGACUGAAAAGGUUCAAGACAUGGCCAAUGACACCAUAAACCAGUGUCUGACAUUUGUAGCAGGAAAGGUGAAAGAAAAAACUGACUACCACCCAGCUCACACCAUGGAACUACUGGAAUUAAUUGAAAAUAACCUGAAAAAACACUGUGAGUUGGACAUAAGUCCUAAGAUUGCUGCAGCUCUGAAAAUACACAUCUGUGGGCAUGCAGCGAGGGAAUUCCAGAGCAUGCAUGAAGCUUUCAUCAAAGACAAAGACCCAGAAAGAAACUUUUUGGCGUUGAAGCCCCAGUACUGUAAUGACUUCAAAGGCCUUUACUACCAGAAAGAAACGAGGAAAGAGUACAAAAGAAAGGCCAAAGAAUUCACAGAUGAAUCUCUUAAACCAGCAGUCAUGGAGUAUAUCCAGAAAUCUCCCAAUCUGGACAUUAAUGGCAUAAUAAAAGAAAUUGUUGAAUUCAGAACAAUAAGACAUUUUCAGUUGUUCAUGCUUAAAGAGCUAUCGUCAUCUGAGUUCAACAGGUUCCAGAAGUAUAUUAAGAACUAUAAUGAAAGCGCACAGAAUUUGAUCCAGCAAAUAUUGGAAAAAAGAUGUAGAAGUAAUAAAAUUGAAAUUGUGAGGACAAUUUGCAGAGAAAUACAGGCUGCUGUUGUGCAAUUAGAGGGAACUCACAUUUCCAAUGGAGGAGACAUAAAAGAGUUCUUUGUUGGUUUACGCUCAAAACUGAAUGAGAGGCUUGUCAUCUCUGACAAUACAACAGGAUUGGUUGUAAAUAAUUUCAGGGCCAGUGAAUUUUCCAAUGUGUUGACAGAAUUAAUUGGAAAAAUGGAAAAAGACCUUCUCCUAAAGGAGAAAUCUGUACCUUGCGGCCCUCUGAAGCAACAGCAGAAAAAGCUGUUAGGCUGUCAGAGAUUCUGUCCACGGUGCAAUGUCCCCUGUGAUAAAGAGGGGGAGAGUCACUGGUGGCACACUGCUUUGACUCAUCGACCACUUGCAUUUGGGAAGGAAGAAAAGUCUGGGAAACUUACCUUUCAGAUGUGCUCACAUACAGACAGUUCCUGGUUUACUAUUUGGAAGAGUUAUUUCAAAAGAGAGGUCCAGCCGUAUGACACCCCAAUCACAGCCACACCCUACUGGAAGUUUAUCUUUGCAAAGCACAAUGAAAAGUAUGCAGAGAUACACAAAUGCUCACCAGGUAAAAUACCAGAAGCUUGGAAAGCAAUCACAAGAGAGGAGGCUGUACAGAACUUAAAUGUAUGAAAAUCAAUAUCAACUUCAAUCAAUCGACUUUGUUUCACCAAGAUCAAUGGCUCCAAGUGACUUUAGAGUAAAUCUGAUUGGAAUAUGAAAUAUUGAAUUAUUUGUGAUGUAUUGUACUCUUGUACUCUAACGAUGUACUGUUAUAUUGUAGUUUAUGUUGUUGUUGCACAAUACCUGAUAUAUUAGUAUCGUUGCACAGUGCCUGAUACAAAUAGACUGUUUCCUAACUUCGUGUAAUGACAACGUGAAAGUGUACAAAGGUGACUUGGGCUUAAGAUGAACUACAUUUAGUCAUUUAGCAGACGCUCUUAUCCAGAGCUGGACAAAUAUGGCCCUUUAACCUGUACAUAUAUUGUUAGAGGACAAAUGGACAACAUGUUUUAGUUAUGUUUGAUACAUUCACACAGCUUAUGAGUUUUUGAGAUAAAUCUUUUCUGUUACUAAUAUCUCCACAAGUAAUUCAAAUGUUUUUGUAGAUUAUGUCGUAUUUUACAUAUGGUUACAUAUGAUUAUAGAUAAACAUACAGUUUAUCUGUCUGAUUUAUAUAAAGAUUGUUUUCGAGGAUAAAUACACUUUACUAAACAUUGUAAAUGGUAACAUUAUCUACUGAUUGCUUUAUGGAUAUUACAAUCAAUACAAACAAUCAAAUCAUGUGUAAAAUGAUUUGGGCUCAAAUAAAAAAGUGUGU